UUUUCUAUAUUGAAGGGCAAAGCCUAACACCGUCUUUCAUCAGAUCAGAGAAGGGCAUACGCUGCAAAUUCUUUCUAUAUUUAGGGGUAUUUACAAAGAGAACUGUUCCCUUCUUCCUUUCUUCUUCAUUCUACUACCAUUUCUUGUUUUUCUCUGGUCUGUUUCAUUUCUAAUUGAAAUUGAGGUUUAGGGUUUUAGAAAGAAAAAAAAAAUGAACCCCAAACCAUUUCAAUCCUUUCCAGUUGAAGAUGAAUUCGAGAAUGAAAUGAAAUCACCUGUUGAGAUCGGUAAUGACGAUGACGACGAUGAUGAUUACGAAGAAGAGGAAAAUGAAGAAGGUUAUGAAGAUGAUGAUGAAUCAACGGAUGAUGAUUAUGAAGAGCAAAAUACUCAAGCGAAUUCAAGAAGGAAAGUAGAAAGUUCAACUACUACUGAUACUAGUAAUGCUACUGUUCCUUUGGUUUCUCGACAUAGUGAGCUUACUAUAUCUUUUGAAGGAGAACUUUAUGUUUUUCAUUCCGUUACUUAUCAAAAGGUGCAAGCAGUACUACUGCUUUUGGGAGCUCGUCAUGAACCUAUUGCUGCGCCUAGUGUUGAAACUUCUUUCUACCAGCACGACAACGACAAGGGUUCGGGUGAUGAUGCACAACAACACUCAAACAUUUCAGGCGGAACUGCUUCAGUAGUUAGGUCUCAGAAGAAGCGGAAAGAGCUAUGUUUUGAAAAGAAAACUCGUUAUAAUUGUCGCAAAGAGGUGGCCCAGAGGAUGCAUCGAAAGAAAGGUCAGUUUGUGUCAUUACGAGAGAACCAUAAGGAGAGCUCAGCGGCUGCCUCAGGAUGGGAUAAUACACAAAGCUUCCCUCAGAACAACAGAAAUCCUCCUAAAAUUGUUCGUUGCAAAUGUCAACACUGUGGCGUUGAUGAGACGUCAACUCCAGCAAUGCGACGUGGGCCAGCUGGCCCAAGAUCUUUGUGCAAUGCUUGCGGAUUAAUGUGGGCAAGCAAGGGUACUCUGAGAGAUCUCAGUAAAGGUCGAAAGAACCCUUCCCAUGACAAAAACGAACAGAAUUCUCUAGCUCAAACUGAAGUUUUAAGCAUGGAGUCCGAGAGUGCCCCUUCACAUUCAGACGACCAGGGAAGUCCAGAAAAUCUGAAGCCUUCACCUUAUAAGAUUGCAAGUCCGGCUAUUCCAGACAAAGAGAGGAUUCCAGAUUGCGGAAUGGUAGCUCAAAGUUUAUGGGGAGAUUUAAGAGCUCUCUCAUCUAAUUUCUGGGACCUGCAGGGGACUCCCAACGAUCUUUCUCGUCUUUCAGCCAUGGGAGUUGAUUUACAUUCUCAUCUGAAUGAGCAGUUGGACGCCAGUGGCUCCAUUAUCGCGAGCUAUGGCCAGGGGCUGUGACGGCACUUCACAGUUGUCACGACAACAAACUUUGUAGAUCCACCAGAGAAGGAGAUAGAGAGAGAGAGAGACACUUCACUAUGGUUACUGAUGCUAGGAUAGUGGAUAGUGCCGUCCAUAAACUUUGUCGUCAGCUUCAUUUGUGUGUCAGAGUUGCUGGGAUGGCUAGAGGGAGAGGAGAGUGUUUUGCACCUCUUGAUCUUUCUAUGGAACAUGAAAUCCGCUUUGUAAGAGUUUUUUAAAAGUGGGAAGUUUUUCUCUUUUUUGA